UCAGCGCACAUCGGGAUUGAAGAGCCGAUGAAUGAGCAGUACAGGGCCGCUCAGUCGCAGUGGGUCUAUGGAUUCUGGUCUGUUGAAGAAACCCAGAUAGCAUGAGUGGUCACUCUUCACAACGGGCUGGUGGUCGUACCCGCAGUGCUUGUGAUCUGUGCCGUCGGAAAAAGAUUCGCUGUGACAACGCUCAACCUGCCUGCGAGACAUGCUAUCUUGCUUGUGUGCCUUGCACUAUCACGGAAUUACCCGACUUACCACGGAAAAGCCUCCGCGAUCAGCUUCAGGAUGCCAGAGCACGGAUUGAAGACCUCGAGUCUCAGUUGACUGCCAGGAGUUCGACACAUAGCGCAGACCUCAGCGAGCGAAGCGAUUCCGGCGAGUCUCCGGACAGUCCGUGGCUUCGCUUGAUGACCCUUGACCAUUUUCCAGACACAUACAACUUAGACACUUCCCUGGCGACAUUCCGAGCGGAGAUUGCUCACUGUGGAGUGGGUCAAGCGGGCUCCAUUCAAAGAUCAUCAUUCUUUUCCACAGUCUACCAGAAAACGGGUUCUUCCAUUGAUCUCGACCAUUUUCUGGCUCAGGCAGCGCAAUCCCUCAGGUUCCAAGGCGCCCAGGGACGGACAACUCCGAAGCCGGCUUUGUUGCCAAAAUGGCCUCCCACGCCUCUAGUUCAAUACUCCCUUGAUCACUAUUCUAGGAGCGGACUCUAUUCUAUCUUUCCGGUUGCCAAUGCCGAUGCGUUGAGCGAAUUGGUGGCGGAGGGUGUACUGGACCAGCAAGAUACCACCGUGCCCGCAGCUAAUCUCGCCUGUCUGUUUGCGUUCACUGCUAUGAUGAGUGUGAUGCACCGACUCGACCCAGCAUUUAUUCAUGCGGAACCAGCUGCAUACAUUCUGGCUGCGCUGUGUCUCGUACCUAGGAUCUUGAUGGAGAAGCCUACGGUUAGAAGUCUGGAAGCCAUUGUCCUAAUUAUGACGUACGUUAUGCCGGGUGGUCAAAUUGAACCAGGCCAGCUGUUCCUCGCUCUGGCUGCUCGCAUGCUGCUCAGUCUAGGGGCGCAUCGGUAUUCAGUCAUUCACGAGCCUGAGGGCAGGCAUCUCCGGGCUAUCUUCUGGUUUUGCUACGGUGCCGACAAAAAUAUGGUCAUCCGCUACAACUGCUCCCCGCACUUCAUCGACGUUGAUUGCGAGCUUCAGAUUCCAGACAACUAUGUUUUAUCGUCGUCCGACCAACAGUUCUUCUCUAGGCCCCUCUCCAAUGACAAACUCCUCUUUCCAUCCGACAUCCGACUUUCCCUCCUAAAAUCCAAGGUCCACCAUCUGCUGUACUCCGAUUACGCCCGCACUCAGCCUGAGGCACGACGCCUGCAGCACAUCCGCGAACUGGACCAAGAGCUCACCGAUCUCAAGGCCAUGUUUCCCGCUAACUGCUGGCCGGAUCUUUUCGCCACCGAAUCCGCGCCAAAUUACCUUUUUCAUGAUCUGAGCCUGCGGGGCGCAUGCCUGCACCUCGAGUUUUACUUUCUUGUGGGCAAAAUCCACGAGGCAAGUGCUGUCGGCAGCAGCAAUUCCAGCUGGUCCAUUCUGCCGUCCAGCGCUGAGCUCUUCCGUCAAGAAUCGCGGUCUAUUUUGAUGUACAUUUGCCGCAUCCGCGAUUUUCUCAAUUGGCAUACAUUUUGGAUAUAUGCCCAGUUUCUUCUCACUGGUGUGGUUUCUCUGUUCAGAUUUCUUAUCACUUAUCCUACUGCGCCGUCGUACACAAACGAUAUACAACUCUUACAGAGCGUGGUGGAUAUCUUCAUAGACCUGGAUCACACCGAUUCGUCGGACAUGCGGGGACGGUUUCCUCCGUUUUAUUUUACGGUGUGUCUGGUGAAAAGGUUGAUUUAUCUUGCGAAACAAGCUGCCGAGCGGGCUGCUGCUCAUGAACAUGAUGAUACCGGUUAG